GGCUAAUAAUUGACAGGUGUCGUCGUCCUCUCUGCGUUAAACCCUAGUCCCAAAACCCAUACCUGAAACUUGAAGAUCUGCAAUCUCUCCGCAUAAAGGAUCAAAUUAGUUUUGUCGCCAAGUUAGCUAUUGGAGCUGUUUGUUUUGCUUUGAUUUGAUACUUGAUUCAGAAAUGGAUAAUACCGCACUGCCAGAGUGCUCUGUACCCGAAGAUGUUAUCCAGGCGCUUUUGAGUGUGUCAAACUCAUCUAACCUUGUAGAGUCCAUGGAAGAUUUAAUACAAGUUUGUAAAACGGCUGAUGGUCGUGAAGACCUUGCCGCUAAGAAUGUUCUUCCGACAGUUAUCCAGCUUGUUCAAUCUCUCUUGUACCCCUCUGAUCACUACCUUCUGACAUUGUCUUUAAGGCUUCUAAGAAACUUGUGUGCUGGGGAGGUGGCGAAUCAGAACUCGUUUGUUGAACAAAAUGGAGUUGCAAUCGUAUCCAAUAUUUUGAGUUCUGCAAUUUCUCUGGAGCCGGAUUUCUGGAUUAUUUGUGUGGGAUUGCAAGUUCUAGCUAAUGCUGCAUUGGCUGGAGAACGACAGCAGCAUGCAAUUUGGCAGCAACUCUUCUCAGAAAAAUUUGUUGCUCUUGCACGAGUGCGUAGCAAGAAGACUUGUGGUCCGCUGUGUAUGAUUAUCUCCACUUGUUGUGAUGGAACCCCUGAACUGGUUGCACAGCUCUGUGGUGACUGUGGAGUAACUAUUUUGAAAGAGAUUGUUAAGACUGCUGCUGCAGUUGAUUUUGGAGAAGAUUGGUACAAAUUGCUUCUUUCAAGAAUCUGUUUAGUGGAACCUUACUUCCGGCCACUCUUCUUUAGUUUAGAACAUGUUGGUGAGAAUGCUGAAGACACAGAAGGUGGGCGAGAGUCUUUCUCGAAAGAGCAAGAAUUUUUGUUGAAAAACGUAUCAGAGAUCUUGAAUGAGUGUCUUAGCGAGAUAACUGUUCCCAACGAUUUUGCUUUGUGUGUUUUUGGAAUAUUCAAGAACUCCAUCAAGGUUCUUAGUUAUGCAACAAGAGGCAGGUCUGGACUUCCAACCGGCUCUAUUGACAUUGAUGUCCUGGGAUACUCGCUCACUAUCUUGAGAGAUACAUGUGCCCAAGGGACACUAAGAGGAUCUACAAAGGAUACCAUGGAUGUUGUGGAUGCUCUGAUCUCCUAUGGUCUCAUUGAAUUGCUGUUGUCUUUGCUUCGUGACCUUGAGCCGCCAGCAAUAAUAAAGAAAUCUAUCAACCAAGCCGAGAACCAAGAAGGAUCCAGUUCUUCUACAUUAAAACCAUGUCCAUAUAAAGGCUUUCGGAGAGAUAUAGUUGCAGUUAUCGGCAAUUGUUUAUAUGGAAGGAAGAUUGUGCAAGACGAGAUCAGGAGAAAAGAUGGGCUACUUCUGCUGUUGCAACAAUGUGUAAUAGAUGAUGACAACCCGUACUCAAGGGAGUGGGGUAUUUGGUGUCAGAGGAACUUGUUGGAUCGGAACCAAGAAAAUCAACGGGCAGUGGCUGAAUUGGAACUUAAGGGGUCUGUUGAUGUGCCUGCCCUUGCUCGACUUGGCCUCCGAGUAGAGAUGAACCUGGCAACUGGACGUCCAAAGCUUGUUAAUAUCUCAUGAAAUACGACUGCUCUGGAUAGCCAUUUCACAUGUAAAGAAUGAGUAACUUGUGUAGUCAAGGGUAGUAGAUAGACCAUCUCUGGGAUCUAUUUUCUUAUCAAGUUCAAGUUCAAGUUCAAGUUCAUUGUUGCCUACACUUUUAUAACAAAAUUAACACUGUUUUAGCAUUAUUUAAAUACAGUGCUUCAAGUUGGCUACACAUAAACAAGA